UACACCUUUGGUCACGUGUGCGCGGGGUCACGUGUGGUCGAGGCCUGCUCUCCCCGGGUCAGCCUGUCCUUUGGCGGCGCCGACAUGGGGCUCGACGGCUACUGGGACUCGGCCGAUGGCGACCAGUGUCCGGCCAAAACCUGGCAGGCCACGCGGCUCGGGGCUGGCCUCGGUAGGUCUUGUUGGUUCAGCGUAUCAUAUUGUUGCAAUGCCUCCGACAAAUGCCAUUGAUGCCAUUCAACGAGGAGUCAAUGGCACCUUGACAAUGGCUACAGUUGGUGCAAUUUUUGGAAUAACUACCUGCUUAACUGCACAUUUCCGAGACACCAACGAUGAUCCAUUGAAUUAUUUCAUUGGUGGUUGUGCCUCGGGAAUCUUUCUCGGAGUACGAGCUCACAGCUACAUGACUGGCACAGCAGCCUGUCUGUGUCUAGGUGCUGUUGCAUCUCUCACAAAGAUGGGCAAGAUGGAAGGCUGGCGUUUAUCUGGACCUCCCAAACUUUGAAAGCAGCUGAAGCAGCCUCAAACUUGUAAUAUAAUAUUUCUUGUCCAUUAAAAAGAAUGUCAAUUCUG